GUGUGCUCGUGACGCGGUCGAUCGUGCUGCAAGAAUCGAUUGGAAAAUCCUAUACGUUACAACACAGUGUCUAUACACGAUGGACUCGUAGCGAUUAGCGGUGCGCACGGCUAAUUUGGAAAUGAAGUGUUACGUGCGAUAGUUCGUGGUGGGUGAAUGCGAGAAAAACACACAUCGUACCGGUCAUCGUAUUCCGCAGUAGAGGGAACGGCAGGGAAGAAUUGCAACAUCGUGUUCAGCAGAGGAGCAUGCCGCAGUUUUACAAGAUCGAGAUCAACAGGACAGAAUGGGAGGUACCGGAGCGAUAUCAAUUGCUCACUCCCGUAGGCUCGGGUGCCUAUGGCCAAGUCUGUUCAGCCGUGGAUACAACCACUGGGCAAAAAGUAGCGAUUAAGAAGUUGGCUAGGCCAUUUCAGUCAGCUGUACACGCAAAACGCACAUACAGGGAGCUGCGUAUGCUGAAGCACAUGAAUCAUGAAAAUGUGAUAGGACUAUUAGACGUAUUUCAUCCGUCUUCAUCUUUGGAAGAUUUUCAACAUGUAUAUCUGGUCACACAUCUAAUGGGUGCUGAUCUGAACAAUAUUGUCAGAACACAAAAGCUCUCAGAUGAUCAUGUACAAUUUCUUGUUUAUCAAAUACUUCGUGGAUUGAAAUAUAUUCAUUCUGCGGGAAUUAUACACAGGGACUUGAAGCCAUCUAACAUAGCUGUCAAUGAGGAUUGUGAGUUGAAAAUACUGGAUUUUGGCUUGGCCAGACCCACAGAAAAUGAAAUGACCGGUUAUGUCGCUACUAGGUGGUACAGAGCACCUGAAAUCAUGCUUAAUUGGAUGCAUUAUAAUCAAACAGUCGACAUUUGGUCAGUAGGAUGCAUUAUGGCAGAAUUGUUAACUGGAAGAACAUUAUUUCCUGGAACAGAUCACAUUGAUCACCUAACACGAGUGUUAGUACUUUGUGGUACACCUACAGGUGAAACAUUAAGCAAAGUUACUAGCCAAGAGGCCAGAAAUUAUAUUCAAAGUUUACCACCACUGAAGAAGAAGAAUUUUAAAGAGGUAUUUCGUGGAGCUAAUCCUUUAGCCAUUGAUUUGCUGGAAUUGAUGUUGGAACUCGACGCAGAAAAAAGAAUCACCGCAGAGCAGGCCUUAGCACAUUCGUAUCUUGCGCAAUAUGCAGAUCCAACUGACGAGCCCGUUUCUUUACCAUACGAUCAAAGCUUCGAGGAUAUGGAUCUACCAGUGGAGAAGUGGAAGGAACUUGUAUAUCAUGAGGUUGUAAACUUUGUUCCACAACAGCUACCUACAUUGUCUGCGACGAUUGAAACGACGUCGUAAAAGUAUAUUUAUAGCGCAAGCAAUAUAGAUUUAAGCACAGUAAGAUAUAAUUAUAUAGAAUAAAUUAACAAUAGAUAAUCGCGAAUGAAGAAUAAUGCAUAUAUCAAAUUGCUAUAUACAAAAAUUGCUGUAUAUAAUUUACAAAUAACGUAAUUUACCGUUGAUUUACCGAUUAUUUGAACUCAUCUAUUUAGAAAUCUAUUUAGAAUGUAUAUUUUUCUUUGAAAAGAAGACAGAACACAUUUAUUAUUUAAUUAUAUAACUCGCGGUUAUCAAUCGGAUAUCAGUUUAUCAGUAACGUCUUAUCUUACACAACAUAUGUAUUGUGUAUAAAUUUUUUAGUUAUUUUAUCAAGUAUCAGCUCUAGUCUAUGAAGAAGAAUUGCAAUCCAAUUAAUCCGUCGUAAAAAAAUAAUUGAUUAUAUAUCAUAUAAUAUUUAUGAUAAACUUGCCAUAUGAUAACAGUCAUAUUAUAUAGUAACUUUAGAUUUAAACGUACAUAAUAAUGUAGUGCUUAUCAUUUUUUAAUGAUAGUACUAUACUAAAAAAUAUUUCUAAGCCGCCCAAAAUUAAUAAAACGACCAAUAUUUACAAGAACUAAAAAUAAAAAAAGAUACUAAUAGACAAUAGAACUGUAGCAGUAAGAUCAAAAUAAAUUUACAACAACGAGGCAUUGUUAUACAUCAGAAAUUAUACACUUGAUAACAGCGAAGAAUAUUGCCAUAUAAAUUAUAAAAGAAGAGAAAGAUUUACAAACAUAUUUAAUUUAUAUCGCUAGCAUAUGUGACACCUGAACAGGAAAUAUGUAUGAAAGUAUACUUGAAAUAGGUAUAUAAAUGAGAUUUGUAAUAUCGUC